AUGGAUACAAUCACUGCUCUACGAAUUGGCUACGUGCUAUCGGCUUUUGCAAUCCUUGUCAUCUAUGCCAUUCCCGCGCUUCGAGAUCGUUUCCUCGUCUAUGGAGCUCGAGAUGCGCUGGCCGGUAACAACAGGCACCCACACAGGGAGCAGAAUGUUCUGGAAAAGACUUUGGACUACUUUGCCUCGAUGAAAGUUCCUCACAGCUGGUUCAAGCACUUCUACAUGCUAUCGGUGGCGUUGUCAAUGGUGUGGUUGCAACAGCUUUACACUCGAGGGCCCAUCUUGCAAAAGGUUGUGUCGGGCACCUCUACACAUAGAUCAUCAAUGUCCUUCAAUCAACUAGUUCUUUGUUGGACACUGCUCACCAUUCAAGGAUCCCGUCGCCUGUAUGAAAGUAUGACACUCGAAAAACCGACCGUGUCCCAGAUGUGGGUAGGGCACUAUCUGCUGGGCCUGCUCCAUUACAUGGCGAUGGGUCUAGCGAUCUGGAUCGAGGGCGGGCCAGCACUGAUGUCAACAGAUGAGCCUCUAGGGGAUGCCAUGGUUUCUGCUCCUUGUGUCACAACAUUCAUCUUUCUGCCCGUGUUCCUCCUCGCAUCCGGCCUUCAACACGACGCUCAUUUCUACCUCAGCUCGUUGCGGAAGUAUACACUGCCCACGCACCCUGCUUUUCAGAGUAUCGUCUCGCCUCACUACACAGCCGAGUGCGCCAUUUAUUUUUCCUUCAUGUUCCUUGCUGCUCCUGGUGGUCAAGUGGUCAACAAGACACUGCUUGCGGCAUUCGUCUUUGUGCUCAUCGAGCUGGGUGUGAGUGCAGCCGUUACCAAAAGGUGGUAUAUGCAGAAAUUUGGCGCAUACCCAAUUGAAUACAAGUGGAAAAUGAUACCUGGGAUAUGGUAG